AUGCUUUCAUGUUUAAAAAAAGCACAUAUAGAAGCCCAAAAUGCCCAUAUUAAACACAAAAGAGCGUUCGAAAAUCGUUAUUUAUCUCGCCAUGAAGUAGACAAAGCUCAGUUGGCAGCAAACAAUAAAAGUACAAUUUGUGAACAAGGAAAACAGAAUUACGCAUCCCAAUUAGCUGCCACAAAUCAAGCAAAAAGUGAUUUUUACAAUAUUUUGUUGCCUCGAUUAUUAGAAGAAAUGAGACAACUUGAAAUUGAACGAAUUAAUUUUACUAGAGAAAUUAUGUUGGAAAGUGUUAAGGCAGAAACUGAUGUUUUACAUAUUAAACAAAGGUGUUAUGAGGAUAUGAAUAAUGCAAUUAAAACAGUCAAUCCAGAACAUGAUACUUUAUUGGUUGUUGAACAAACAAAGACUGGAUAUACACAUCCUGCUGACUUUGAAUUUGAAGAUUUUGGUAAUUAA